CGCCGGCGGACUUGGUCGUCGGUAGCCAGACACAGCGAGAAACUCGUCAGGGUUGUUUCAAUGGAGGAUACCCAAAAAAUUGAGGAGGUACAAGAAGAAGAAGUGAUUUCAAACAAAGCAUCUGAAAAGAAGGAAGAAACUCGUGAUGAUAUUCUUGCACGACACAGGAAUGAGAUAUCACAACUGCAGAAAAAAGAAGUUGAAAUGAAAAAGCAAGCAGCUAGAGGUAGCAAGGCUGAGCAAAAAGCUAAGAAAAAGCAAGUGGAGGAAGAGGUUACUCAACUUUCUGCUAAGCUCAAGGAGAAACAGGCCAAAGAGCUGUCUGCAUUAGGCUAUAGCAGUGGUAGCGGAAAUGAAAAGAGCAAUUUGGACAAUUUGGUGAAGGCCAUAGCUGGAGUAUCUGUUAGUACUCAACCUGAGAAUACAAAGGUCAGCAAAGCCAAGCAGAGACGUGACAAAAGAGCUCAACAAGAAGCAGAAAGGGAACAGAGAAUUCAAGCAGAGCAGAAUGACAUUAUUAGUGAUCGCAUGGUUGAAAAUGAGAAACUGGAAAAGAAGUUGAAGCCUCUUGGUUUGACUGUUCGUGAAAUAAAGCCUGACGGGCAUUGCCUUUACAGAGCUGUUGAGCAUCAGUUGGCUCACCUCUCUGGGCUCAAAUCUCCAUAUACAUACCAAGAACUUCGACAAAUGACAGCUGCUUACAUGAGAAAGAACACAUCUGAUUUCCUCCCAUUUUGUCUGUCAGAGAAUUUGAUUGAAGGCGAUUCCGAUGAAUCAAUUGCUCAGAAGUUUGAAAAUUAUUGCAAAGAAGUAGAGUCCACAGCAAUAUGGGGAGGACAACUAGAGCUUGGUGCCUUAACUCACUGCCUGAAGAAGCACAUUAUGAUAUAUUCAGGAUCCUUCCCUGAUGUGGAGAUGGGGAAGGAGUAUAAAUCAGCUGAUGGUAUUGGCUCUUCUGGUUCCAGUAUCAUGCUUUCUUACCACAGGCAUGCUUUUGGGCUUGGUGAGCAUUAUAAUUCUGUAGUCCCAAUAUGAUCAAAUGGGACAUAAUAUAUCACAGGGAUGCUUAUUAUGUCCCUCGUAGCAUUUUAAUUUACAGCCAGGCGUAUGGCUGAAGGUUAAUUGAAAACUUAGUUGUGAUUUGGAUGUGCCUAUAGUUGUACAUUUCUUAACUGUAAUUGAUAAUUUAUGGAUAAUGGAUUAUAUCAAUGAUUAUGUAUCACAUGCUCUUUUGACAUCAA